AUGGACAAUAUCCCCCUCCAGGAGAGAAGCUCUGCCUUUCUCCGACAUACCCUAACGGAAAGCAUCCAACAUCCCUUUCAAACCCUCGUCGCCGUCCUCUUCGUCGUCUGCGUCGUCACCCGUGUCGUCUCGGGCCUCCAGUAUCGUGCUACAGUCCAGAAGCAAGCAGCAGAUGGGUCGAAUGGUCCUCGAACGGUGCCCAUCCUGCCCUACUGGAUUCCCUGGAUUGGCCACGCAUUCUCGUUUGCCGCAGGCGGGACAGAUUUCCUGACCCGUGCAGCACGGUCCCUGGGGCCCAAUGCGUCCAUCUACGCCCUGAAGAUGGCCCACACCAAACACAACGUGGUCACGGUGCCGAGUAUUGCCAAACAGAUCCUGAUCGACCGGACCAGCCCCAUCACGAUGAACGACUUCGUCUACCACACUAUGAAGAACUUUUGGGACGACCGCGGCGCGAUCAAGGCCAUGGACCCGGAUCACCUGUGGGGCAACGUGCAUGGUGUCUUGUCGGGCAUGCUGCGCGAGAGCUUUGUCACUGCGGCCAUCGGCGGCACGGUCGACAUGGUCGCCGCAAGGACGUGGAACCUGGUCUCCGGCGCGCAAUCCCCCGUCGACCAAACCAUCUGGGAGCGCCAGGGCGGUGUGGAAGUCCUCUCGCGAGGUGACGGCGACGGACCUCUGGUCGCCGAGGCCGAUCUCUUUCCUCUCCUACGGUACUUCGUCGGCGACAUUGCCACCACGGUCCUGUUUGGCAAGGAUUUCAUGGACAACUACCCCAACAUCAUGCCCGACCUGUGGGAAAUGGACUCGCAGUUCAAUCUCUUCAUGGCGGGCGCGCCUUCGUGGUUUCCCGGGAUGAGUGGGCCGGCGCAGGCGAGGGAACGCAUCAUCCAGGCCGUGCAGGAACACCACGACGCGCUCUUCAAGUACCUCGACGGCCAAGACCCGGGGAGUCGCUGGAACGACAUGUCCGACGUCUCAUCGGUCAUCGUCGACCGCGCCAAAGCCUUUCGCGCGGGCGGCUCCGUCCCACGAGGCUACGCAACGGGCAACGCGGCGAUCUUGUGGGCCAUGAACAUCAACGCCAACCCGGUGAUCUUCUGGAUGACGUGGUACAUCUUCUCGACGCCGUCGCUGUUGGAGGAGAUUCGGGCCGAAGUCGCGCCGUACGUGCGGUUCCGCGCGGCGCCGUCCACGGGCUUACCCAUCCGCGAGUCGCCCCAGCUGGACAUCGACAUGGCCGCGCUGUGGAGCAAGUGCCCGCUGCUCAAGGGCGCGUUCUUCGAGACGAUGCGCCUCGAGGCCGCGAGCAUGUCGUACAAGAUGGUCGAGGACGACUUCGUGGUGUUUGAGAACGACGAGGACGCCCGUCUGCUGGGCAAGAAGCAUCCCCAGAGCUGGCUGCUGCGCAAGGGUGAGUACAUCUGCCUGCCGCACGGUGUGCACCAGAGCGACGAGAAGUACUUUCGCGACCCGGAGAGGUUCGACCCGCGCCGGUUCUGGGCCAAGGAUGGCAGCAGCAACAGCAACGAGAACAACAACACCGACGCAACCGCCGUGCGGGUCGAGUACGGCACGAUGAAAGUCUGGGGCGGCGGCAAGCAGAUGUGCAAGGGCAAGACGUUCGCCGAGCGCGAGGUGGUGCUCUUCGCCGCCGCCAUCGUCAUGCAGUGGGACAUGGUCCCGGUCAGUGACGGCGGGAGAUGGGUCCAUCCCGGCCGGAAGAUCGGGGCCGGCGCGGUGAACCCGAAGAAGGAUGUGCGGGUGCGGUUGAUCAGGCGGGAGGGGUGGUGA